CGUCUUUCUGCACAAACGCACGUGGACCUUUACGCCAGGCACAAACAACAAUAACAUGGCAAGUCACGGGCUCUCUUACGACGGCUGCAAUUUCUUCAGACAGCGGCUGGUUUUGUCGACGCUCAGCGGGAAGCAYGUGAAGAUUAAAAACAUUCGGUCUAAGGACGACGACCCGGGGCUCCGAGAUUUUGAGGCCAGCUUCAUCAGGCUUCUCGACAAAGUGACCAAUGGUUCCAGGAUAGAGAUUAACCAAACUGGUACUGUAUUAUUUUACCAGCCAGGCCUGCUGUAUGGAGGGUCUAUUGAACACGACUGUAACCCACAGCGCUCAGUCGGAUAUUAUCUAGAGGCGCUGCUCAUGCUGGCUCCUUUCAUGAAGAUGUCUCUGAAGGCAACUCUCAGGGGAGUUACUAACGACCCCACAGAUCCAACGGUCGACCUGUUGAAGUCCACGGCACUCCCUCUGAUGAAAAGGUUUGGUGUAGACGGAGAAGGUUUUGACCUGAAGGUGGUGAAGAGAGGAAUGGCGCCUGGUGGAGGUGGAGAAGUUGUUUUUACGUGUCCUGUGUGCAGGACGGUCAAGCCCCUCCAGCUUACUGAGCCUGGCAAGAUCAAGAGGAUCAGAGGUGUGGCAUAUUCGGUACGAGUUUCACCUCAGAUGGGCAACAGGAUCGUGGAAUCGGCCAGGAGCAUCCUCAACCAGUUCCUCCCAGACAUCUACAUUUACACGGACCACAUGAAAGGAGCCAACUCAGGAAAGUCUCCUGGUUUUGGUCUAACAUUGGUAGCAGAAACACUGAACGGCUGCUUCCUCGGUGCAGAAAUGUCUUCCACGCCGCAGGGGCAGGGAGACCCCAUACUGCCUGAGGACCUCGGCAAAAAUUGUGCCAAACUGCUUUUGGAAGAGGUGUAUCGGGGCGGCUGUGUGGAUUCGUCCAAUCAGAGCCUGGCGGUGCUCUUGAUGACCCUUGGACAACAGGAUGUGUCCAAGGUUCUGCUCGGACCACUCUCACCGUACACGAUCGAGUUCCUGAGACACAUUAAGGAUUUCUUCCAGCUGAUGUUCAAGAUCGAGGUCCAGAAGCCUACAGAGGACGAGAGGAAAGGCGGAGAUAAAGUUCUCCUGACAGGUGUUGGGGUUGGGUAUAGCAAUUUAAACAAAACUGUUAAAUAAAAAAAAAUUGUCUAA